UUUAAAUCUUCAGCUGGGUUAGAGUCAUAAAAAGCCCAAGCCCAAGCCCAACCCAACCUAACAUCAUCCCAUUUUCAUCAACUCCUCUCAUCCUCUCUGGUGUCUCAGCCACUACCAAACCAUUCUCUCCCAGGCUCACAAUUCAACAACCCGCAAACCACCGUGUUGGCUCUCAGCCACCGAGCCGUCACCACUGCACCACCAACUCCCGAAAUUACGAGCCACCACCUACCGAAGCGGACCACACCAUCGCAUCGUGCCAUCACCACCAGCAAGUCUCGUCACAGUAACACACCUACACCAUCUUCCGCCACCACGGUCCACGCCGAGUAGCUUCAAGCUUGUAGUAGAAAAUCAACUUCUUCCCAAAAACCCUAAAAAACAAAAUCCACUUCUUCUCUUUCUCUCUCUCUCCCCUCAACGGCGACUCACCGGCCCUCCUAACUGCCUGGUCGACUCCCUCUGCUCUGCCAUCAACCACAUAAGAGUUGAGACGAGAGAGAGAGAGGCAGAGGGAAAAUGGGGAGCAGAGCUGUAGUUUUUGGAAAGGGAAUCAAAGUUUUGAGCCUCCCAUUUAAUGGCAAAGCUCUUCUUCUUCAUAAGAGGAACAAUUUAGAUUUGGUUCGAAGAAACUGCUCAAGUCCAACGAGUGGGUCCCCUCUUCAACCUCCGGAUGUCUCGCGUUUAGCUGAAACAGCCAGAAUUUCCCUCACUCCUCAAGAGGUUGAAGAUUUUGCUCCUAAAAUUCGUCAAGUAGUGGAUUGGUUCGGACAACUUCAAGCUGUUGAUCUUCAAAGUGUUGAGCCUGCAAUUAGAGCAGAUACUGAAGGUGACAAUUUGCGCAAUGAUAUUCCUGAAACAUUUGAGAACAGGGAAGCCAUAAUUAAUGCAGUUCCAAAGUAUGAAGAUCCAUACAUUAAAGUUCCCAAAGUCUUGAACAAGGAAUAGCUCCUUUUAAUUGGUUGCUGGGUUCUUUCUUCUUAGGCCGAUUACUCAUUUUAUUAUUUAUUUAUGUAUGAUACUUUUUUUGUCAAUUGUAAUCUAUGGUAUUCAAGAAAAUAAAUUUUAGUGAAGAAGUUGUGAAAA